AGUACGUCGUGAGGAGCUUCGUGGGAAGCACACGAAAAAGCUCCCACAAAAGGAGCUCUCGCAAAAAAAGCUCCUACAAAGAAAUACUUAAAAAUCUCUCUCGCUUUUUGUGUCCGAAAGUAAGAAAAGUUGGGAAUUUUUAUGCAAAUUCUGUGAUGUUCUAGAGUGAAAGAAAAAAAUCCCCUGAAGAGGAAUCUCGUGGCUUUAAAUACCUACAUAGGAAAAAAAAGCUCCGAAGCUUUAAGUUGCACGCGAUCGUGUUUUGUGGAAAAUUGAUCUGCAGCAGGUGAUGGGAAUGAGACGAAAAUUGAAAAAAAAAUCCAAUUUUGGAGACUUUGGAGACGGCAGCAAUUUCUUCCGCAAUAAAUCCACCUCCGAACCGGAUUUGUCGGACACAUCGCCACCACAGACGUCGCGGUGGCACAAGAAGCUACCGCAUGAGUACAUAACGGUAGAUGAAUUGGGCUUCCAUCGGCGACGGAGGCCACCGGAAAUCUACACACGUAGCAACAUUUGCCUGUACAACACCUCAGAGCCAUGCAUCCCAUUUUCAGCACUCAAAUCUGAAUACAAUAGACGCUACCACGAUCCACCUAUACCACCACCACCGAGAUCACCGCUCCUGCGACGUCCAACCUCACUUAGGGUCACCGAGACAAAGUCCAUGGAGGCUGAGUCUGAGCACAAGGAAAAAUUUAGAUUGUUUUUGGAAGACGAGCUAAGCAACUGCCGCCAAAGUGCCUAUAAAUUCCCGGAAAAUCUCAAACUUACAGGAGAAGUGGACUACCGCCCAGAAUACGCAUCAUCAUACGUGCCCUAUUCCAUGGUUGAAGUUCGCCGAAUUAUUGAGGAUCGUCCAUUGCAAGAAAUUACAAAUCGGCAACAUUUUCCAAUGUCAAAUCUCCCGAUUGAGGGUGAUGCGAUGUACAAACCGGAGUACAGGAGUCAAUUUGUGGAAUUUCCCGUCAUCGAGAAGAGUCAUUCAAUUCCACAGAUGAGCAACAUUCGGAUACAGGGAGAUUUUCAGGGGGUUCCAGAGUAUGCGGAAAAAUUCAAGAGUUACGAUAAUGUAGCCAAGAGCAAUCCAAUCCGUAAACCGGAUAAUUUAAAUGUCAGCGGGGACAUUGAUGUUGUUCCUGAGUACCGUGAACAAUUUAGGGAGCACGAAAGAUCCGCCCUUGAGCGAUGUCAGCUAAUGCGGAAAGAUGAUCACCUCAAAAUGAGUGGAGAUUUCGGGAAGACACCUCCGGAAUAUUAUGAAAGUUUCAAAGAUCACAACAUCACAGCCCCACCGCAUAGAGCCAAAGCCAGAGAACCUUUUCUCAAUCUCAAUGGGACAACAGAAUUCAAUCCAGAAUACAAAUGCAGAUUUUUGGAUUUUCCACGCUCACGUCCUGUAACAAGGAAACCUGAUUCGCAUUUUCGACUCUCAGCUCUGCCCGAUGGAACCUACAUAAAGCGCUUCACAAAGAACCCAGCUCCACCACCAAAUAUUCACACUCCACCGGAAAUUUUACCCUUCCAGGCUCUUCCGGAGUACAGAAAAGCCAAAACUGAUUAUAUUAUAAAGGAACGGACACCAUCACGUGAUCACAUUCCAUCAGCUGUAGGUCCACGAAAGGAUCACAAUGACAACACAGAGCGCGCAAGACGAAGAUCCUCCAUUGCACCCCCUCAGGAUGAUCCAAAUUCACCCACAUUCCGAUUAAUGGUAGAAAAUGUCGAUGAUCCCCCAGCAGGGAGAUUCCGUUCACCGCGUUUUGGGCGACGUGCAACAGGUGGAGCACCGGAAGUGGAUGAGAAUGCAACGAGAAUCCGUGAGAGAGUUAGCGUAGUGGAGGGCAAUAAGAAGUAUUCAGCACGUUCGAGGGAUGUCAAUGGGAAUGCCUUUGUUGUGCUAAAGCAACCAGGUGGGAAGCAAAGUGAAUGGAUGAAACCCAAAUGGUAUGAAGGGGCUUCCUAAAUGAUUAAUUAUGGUGAGGGAUGUUCUUCCCGGAAUUUGUAGUGCACAAAAUGUAUUAUUAGAUGAAUAAAAUUAAAUUUUAAA